ACUAUCAGCAGCAGAUAUGGCAACCUGCACGUCGGUUAUGUGGAAAGUUCUAACAGGAUGUCAGCAGCAGCUGCUGAGGUCCAGCGGUCCGGCUUACGCUGCUGUCUCUCAGUCUGCACCGCACCAUCUACCCAUCAGGACCUUUGCAGCUGUCAAGGCAAAAAAAGACAAAAAAAAGGUUUCAAGUAAGGAGGUGAUGAAAGAGAAGGCCAUCCUUGACAAAGACAGAAGCAAGUCUUUUGUAGCGAAAGUACCCAUAGAUGACGUCUACAUUAGGAAGCUUUAUCCCCCGACGAUCCAUAGCGCAGUCGGUGCCAUCGACAUGCUGAGGAGUUUCCAGGUGUUGGACUUCACGCCCCUCGAUCAGGCUCUUUAUGUUGAGCUGAGGCUCAACAUGAAACUGGAGAAAAAGAAAAAAGUCGACCCCUUCAUGAGCACCGUGCUCCUGCCGCACCCCUUCAAGACGGAGAUGAACAAAGUUGUAGUUUUCGCCGAGGACCCAAAUCAGGUCCAAGCUGCUAAGGAGAACGGAGCAACAUUUGCUGGAGGAGCAGAGCUCGUUCAGCCUAUCUUGGAUGAUCUGAUUUCAGCUGACUUUUACAUAUCGGUUCCUGACAUGCUGCAGAAGAUUAUGCCACUGAAAAACAAACUGAGGAAGAAGUUCCCGAAGAGCAAAAGAGGCAUGGUCGGUGUCGAUAUUCCCAAGAUGCUGAAUUUGUUUAAAACGGGUCACGGCUUCAUGGUGGAGAACGAAUGCGUCGUCCAGACGCAGGUCGCUAUGCUCAACAUGCCCAACGAACACAUCUUGGCCAACUUGAAAACCAUCAUGGCUGAAGUUUGUUCUCACCGACCUGCAGACAUGGGACCUUUUGUUGAGCAAGCGACUCUCUCCAGUCAAACCAGUGAGGCCAUCUUCUUCAACAGUGACGAUGUUUUGCCAGAAAACGAUGACUGACUUGUUUCCUGGACUGUACUGAAUAAAGUUUUUGUUGUU